UCCUUCUUCUGCCGCUCCUGGUGCUGCUUGUGUGCUCCUUCAGUGCGGACCUGGUGCCUCUUUUGUGAAGCGGCAGCUGAGGAGACUCCGGCGCUCGCCAUGGCUGACGAGAAACCCAAGGAAGGAGUCAAGACUGAGAACAACGAUCAUAUUAACUUGAAGGUGGCGGGACAGGAUGGUUCUGUGGUGCAGUUUAAGAUUAAGAGGCACACACCACUUAGUAAACUCAUGAAAGCGUACUGUGAGCGGCAGGGUUUGUCAAUGAGGCAGAUCAGAUUCCGGUUUGAUGGGCAGCCAAUCAACGAAACAGACACACCUGCACAGUUGGAAAUGGAGGAUGAAGACACGAUUGAUGUGUUCCAGCAGCAGACAGGAGGUGUCUACUGAAAAGGGAACCUGCUGCUUUACUCCAGAAUUUUGUUAUAGACCAAGAAUACAUUCUCAAUUAGAAAACCGCAAUUUGGUCCCGCCACAUCCUGACUACUGCAGUAUAGUUUUCUCUCUUCCUUCAUUUCCCUGUCCCCAUUUCUUUAUUGUACAUAAAGUAACUGGUGUAUGUGCACAAGCA